AUGGUUCAUCCUGCGUCUAGGAGAAUAGUUCUUACCGGCCCAACUCAUGCUCUCUGGAUUUUCCUCCUUGCAGAUAUGCUCAAGAUCCGUGGGUUGUCAGCAGCAUCAGCAGUGCUCAUUACGGGUUGCUCAGCAGGGGGGCAGGGGGUGGCGGUGAGUUGUGACUGGAUGGCCUCUCGCCUUCCCUCCACCGCCACUGUCAAGUGUGCCAUUGACGCCGGAUACUUCCUAGACGAGCCAGACCUGGUGGGGCACUUCUCGUUUCGUGGCAUGAUGCAGCGCAUGAUGGUCAGCCAAUGGAGCGACGCGUCCUUUGACCCGCAAUGCGUGAAAGGCUGGUUCGCCACUUUCUCAUCCUCUCCCCAUCCCUCCCCCGAAUCUCAUUGA